GUCUCAAGUAUCCUUUCCUACCGAUCCUCUCACGAUUACUAUCGCAUCCUCGAAAUGGGCGACGAUACCUUCGACAACUCCGACAGCAAAGCCGAUCAUCUAUGUGUUCUCGUGCAUGGGCUUUGGGGGAAUCCUUCACAUUUAGAUUAUGUGGCUUCUGCGAUUCGAGAACGACACGGUAAAGAUCGGGUUUAUAUUCUUGCUGCUCAGCGCAAUUCCGGGACUUAUACGUACGAUGGCAUCGAAUUGGGGGGGGAGCGUGUUGCGCACGAAAUCGAGGAUACAUUGGAGCAGUUAUCCGCAAAGGGUCAUGCAAUUAAGAAACUGAGCAUUGUGGGAUAUUCGCUAGGAGGGUUAGUUGCCCGGUAUGCGAUUGGGUUGCUAGAGGCUAGCGGGACGUUGGAUAAAAUCGAGCCUGUGAAUUUCACCACCUUUGUGUCUCCUCAUGUUGGCGUUCGAUCGCCCAUAAAAGGAUGGCCGAGUCAUAUGUGGAAUGUUUUGGGAGCGCGCACGAUAUCAAUGUCCGGAAGACAGUUGUUCAUGAUUGACAACUUUCGCGGGACAGGGAAGCCCCUGCUCAGCGUGCUGGCAGAUCCCAACAGCAUCUUUAUACGCGGAUUAGCCAAGUUCAAGCAUCGAAGCGUCUAUGCGAAUAUCGUCAACGAUCGAUCGACUGUUUUCUAUACUACCGCCAUAUCGAAAAUCGAUCCAUUCCCCGAUCCCGAAAAUGCAAACAUUAAUUAUGUGGAUGGAUAUGAGCAGGUCAUAAUUGAUCCAGAUCGAUAUUUCCUCCCAAAAAUACAAGAAGUCCGAGGCGAUGAAUUUAGCAAAACGUUCAAAAGGUUUUAUACCACAUUGGCCUCUUAUUUAUUCUUGUCGAUAUUCCUACCCAUCGCCUCGGUACUGUUCUUAAUCAAUUCCGUCAUUCAGAACAUACUCAGCCAGCAACGCAUCAAACUCUACGAGCAGGGCAAGACCGAUCUCCUACCAGGUCGCUACCGCGUCCCACUAAUGAUCCAAGACGUCCGAGGCGCCGUAGAAGACGUCUUUGAAAAUCUAAAUGCAGCGCAAGGAAACGAAUACCUCUCCGAACGCGAACGAGACGACGAAGAACAUGCCCUUGAAACAAGACAACAAUCCCUCGUCGAACCCAAAACAGGAACCACGCAAGAGGAAGAGACCUCCCAAUUCCCACUCUUAGCCCUAACACCGGCCCAAUUUGAAAUAAUCGAUUCCUUGAACGCGCUGGGAAUUAAGAAAUAUCCCGUGUAUAUACACAAGGCUCGCCAUAGUCAUGCAGCAAUUAUAGUGCGGAUGCCGAAAGCUUCGUUUUCCGAGGGGAAGGCUGUUGUUAGACAUUGGUUGGAUCAUGGGUUUCAUGUGUAG